AUGACGAGUUACGGUGCUCGUAAUAUCCAUUAUCUAUUAAGAUUAAGCAAACAUCACACACUAUUGGAUGUCUUAGACAUCUAUGCGGCCUUACCUCACUAUAUGCCUAGGUACAGUGCUAGUCAUUCCAGUUGCCUAGUAACAAGGAGGAGAAAGAUCGUUUCCAGUCCUUAUUUUGAAGGGAAGGACCUGUUGCCUUCUCUCAAGAAAAAAACAAAAUGGAUUCCUCCAAAGUCUCCUUAUAAUUUAGUGCAAGAAAGUUUAUUUCAUGAUCCAUGGAAAUUGCUGGUUGCAACAAUAUUCCUCAAUCGGACUACUGGUAAAGCUGCAAUUCCAAUUCUAUGGCAGUUCUUCACCAAAUGGCCCUCAGCUGUGGAAACAAUCAACGCUGAUUGGAAAGAGAUAGCCAAUUUGAUUCACCCUCUAGGACUUUAUGAUAAAAGAGCUAAAAUGUUGAUCAGAUUUUCUGAAGAAUAUAUUCAUAAAAACUGGAAAUAUCCUAUAGAAUUAUAUGGGAUUGGGAAAUAUGGGAAUGAUUCUUAUCGAAUAUUUUGUGUCAAUGAGUGGAAACAGGUAAAACCUGAAGACCACAUGUUGAAUAAAUAUCAUGAUUGGUUGUGGCAGAAUUAUAAACAAUUAGAUUUAUAG